AUGACUGAUUCUCAGACAUCUAAGCUGAUCAGAAAAUCCAAGGAGUCUCCAUUUGUACCAGUGGGUAUUGCUGGGUUUGCUGCAAUUGUUGCCUAUGGACUGUAUAAGCUGAGACACAGAGGGGACACCAAAAUGUCCGUCCACCUUAUACACAUGCGUGUAGGAGCUCAGGGGUUUGUUGUCGGCGCAAUGACUUGUGGCGUUCUGUACUCCAUGUACAAGGAGUAUCUGGCCAAGCCUCAGGAGUAG